AUACUUAUCAUGUACUUAAAGGGUGCAGUAGCUCUCACACCAUUAGGGGGCGCUCUGCUCAGACUACAGUACUGUUUUGCAUGCUGCUUGUAGUCUGGUCACAUUCGGGCCAACCGUUCUCCCACAAAUUAUGCAGCAGUUUAUAGAUUGUAUAGGCUAUGAAAUCUUCUGGGCUGUCGGUUGAUGGAUGGCCAUUUUUUGACUAACCUCUCAAAGGGUUUCAGUAUUAAAUGUGCGCUGUUUCUCCUGUCUCCUCCUAGGGUCGAUGAGAUUGAGAUAGUGAUGACUGAUCUGGAGAAGGCCAAUCAGCGGGCGGAGGCCGCGGAGAGGGAGGCGGAGAGCCUACGGGGGCAGCUAUCAUCCGCCAACAAGUCCCUGCAGCUGGCCACGCAGAUCCAGAAAGCCCCCGACAUGGAACAGGCCCUGGAGGUGCUGUCGCGCUCCAGCCUGGAGGUGGAGCUGAGCGCUAAGGAGCGGGAGAUCGUGCAGCUGGUGGAGGACGUGCAGAGGCUGCAGGCGAGCCUCAGCAAACUGCGGGAGAACUCCGCCAGCCAGAUCAGCCAGCUGGAGCAGCAGCUCAGCGCCAGGAACUCCACACUCAAGCAACUGGAGGAGAAGCUGCAGGAGCGGGCGGACUACGAAGAGGUCAAGAAGGAACUGAAUGUCCUGAAGUCCAUGGAGUUUGGGUCGUCUGACGGCUCCACAGCGCAGCUCCCCCAGGAGUCGUCGAAGCCCCUGGAGGCGCUGCUGCAGGAGAAGAGCCGCGCCCUGCAGGCGGACGGCGCCCCCCUGCGCAUCGGCAACAGCGAGCUGAGCGGCUCAGCCGUGCGGAAGGGGAAAGAGGCGUCGGCGGACAGCCAGCAGCGCCUUCCCGCCACCGCCAACGCCGCCAACCUGCAGGGCUCCCCUCCCCCGCCCUCCUCCCAGCUCCUCCUGCGGGCGGGGCCAGGCGCCGCCUCCGAGCCCACCUCGGGCGCCAACGGGACGCACCAGUUCUCGCCCACGGGCAUCGGGCAGGACUUCUUCGGCACGGGCAUGGCGGGCGGCGGCGGCGGAGGCGGGGCCUACCCGCUCGCGGGCAAGGUGGCGCUCAACUCCCUCCUCCACCGGCAGCUGAUGCAGACCUUCUACUCCAAAGCGCUGCAGGACGCGCCCGGCGCCAUGCUUUUUGCCCCGGGCCACUACGCCGCCCCCUCCCUGUCGGCCAGCCCCCUCCCGCAGCCCCUGCCCCAGCCCGCCGGCAGCCCCGACGUCAACGGCAUGGCGCCCUCGCCCAGCCAGUCGGAGGGCGCGGGCAGCGCCUCGGAGGGCGAGGACAUGGACACGGCCGAGAUCGCCCGGCAGGUGAAGGAGCAGCUGAUCAAGCACAACAUCGGCCAGCGCAUCUUCGGCCACUACGUGCUGGGCCUGUCGCAGGGCUCCGUCAGCGAGAUCCUGGCCCGGCCCAAGCCCUGGAACAAGCUCACCAUCCGCGGCAAGGAGCCCUUCCACAAGAUGCGCCAGUUCCUGUCCGACGAGCAGAACAUCCUGGCGCUGCGCAGCAUUCAGGGACGCCAGCGAGAGAACCCGGGCCAGAACCUGAACAGAGUGUUUCAGGAGGUUCCGAAGCGGAGAACCGGCUCGGACGGCACCGCGCGGCCAGGUAACAUCACCACCCGAAUCCGCACUCCUGAGAGCGGCUCGGACGAGGCCAUUAAGUCCAUCCUGGAGCAGGCCAAGAGGGAGCUGCAGGUUCAGAAAGCCGCGGAGCCCCCCCAGGCCCCUCCCACCUCCAGCGGGGGCGGGGGUGGCGGCGGCGGCGGCAGCAGCUCGGACGACACCAUCCGCUCCAUCCUGGAGCAGGCGCGGCGGGAGAUGGAGGCGCAGCAGGCGGCGCUGGAGCCCAUGCUGAAGGCCUCCUCCAUGUCCGCGGCCGACCUGCCGCUGCUGUCGCCCAAGCUGCUGGGCUCCCCGGCCUACUCCCCGCUGGCCCUGUCCCUGAAGAAGCUGCCCCUGACCCCCUCCUCCGCCUCCUCCGCCUCGCCCCUCCUGGACUUCCACCAGGCCGCCGUCAAGAAGGAGGCCGGGGAGUCGCCCGUCCGCGAGGCCGAGGGCGGGGGCGGGGGCCACAAGCAGGGCCGAAACGCCGACGGGGCCCGCGCGGCGAGCUCCUGGAGGGACCAGUGGUGGAGCACCGUGCACUCGCACCCGGACCGGCGCCCCGUCCCGCAGCCCAUGGCCGAGGAGAGCCGCAGCCUGGAGGACACCAAGGAGAAGCCCGCCCGGCUGUCCGGCUCGGCGGCCGGCCCUUCCUCCUCCUCCUCCUCGCUGGACUACUGGAAGGACUGGCCCAGCGCCGAGUCGCCCUGCUCUCAGGGCUCGGAGCUGAGCCUGCCCGGCCCCCCCGGCGGGGGCGGCGAGACCCCCCACAGCAGCCCCCUGCCCUCCUCGCCCGCCCUGCUGCUGCCCCUGGGCAAGCCCGCCAAGGCGGCGGUGGCCCCGCUCACGCCCGAGCAGUACGAGGUCUACAUGUACCAGGACGUGGACACGGUCGAGCUCACCCAGCAGGUCAAGGACAAGCUGGCCAAAAACGGCAUCUGCCAGCGCGUCUUCGGAGAAAAGGUGCUGGGCCUGUCUCAGGGGAGUGUGAGUGACAUGCUGUCCCGGCCCAAGCCCUGGAGCAAGCUGACCCAGAAGGGCCGGGAGCCCUUCAUCCGCAUGCAGCUGUGGCUGAACGGGGAGCUGGGGCAGAGCGUGCUGCCGCUGCAGGGCCAGCCGCAAGAGAACACCCCCAAGACCUCGGCCAGCUGCAGCCCGGCCCCCGAGUCGCCCCUCAGCUCGGCAGAGGAGUCGGUCAAGAGCCUGGGGGAGUCGGCCAGCCAGCCGCCCGCCCCGGACCCCAGCGAGCCGUCCGAGUCGCAGCCCGGCACGCCCCUGCCCGUCCCGGGACACCCCAGCCUCAGCAUUCAGGAGAUGGUGGCCAUGUCCCCCGAGCUGGACACCUACGUCAUCACCAAGAAGGUCAAGGAGGUGCUGACCGACAACAACCUCGGGCAGCGGCUGUUCGGGGAGACCAUCCUGGGCCUGACGCAGGGCUCGGUGUCGGACCUGCUGGCCCGGCCCAAGCCCUGGCACAAGCUGAGCCUGAAGGGCCGGGAGCCGUUCGUGCGCAUGCAGCUGUGGCUCAGCGACCCGCGCAACGUGGACAAGCUGAUGGACAUGAAGCGCAUGGAGAAGAAGGCCUACAUGAAGCGGCGCCACAGCUCGGUGAGCGACAGCCAGCCGGCGGAGAGCGGCCCGACCGGCUCGGACUUCAGCCAGGGCAGCAGCCCGCAGCACCACCAGCACCACCUGAAGAAGCCCCGCGUGGUGCUGGCCCCCGAGGAGAAGGAGGCCCUGAAGCGCGCCUACCAGCAGAAGCCCUACCCCUCCCCCAAAACCAUCGAGGAGCUGGCCAGCCAGCUCAACCUCAAGACCAGCACCGUCAUCAACUGGUUCCACAAUUACAGGUCGAGGAUCCGCCGCGAGCUCUUCAUCGAGGAGAUCCAGGCGGCGGCGGGGGAGGGCGGCUCCCCGUCGGCGCGGGUGGGCAAGGCGGGCGAGGGCGACAGCUGCGACGGCACCGAGUCGGACGGCACGGUGGAGGGCCGGUCCGCCGGCGGGGGCCCGGGGCCCGAGGAGUACGGGGCGGCCUCGGAGUCCGAGGGGCCCGCCGACCACAAGGAGGAGGGGGGCCCGGGGACGCCGGCGGCCCGCUCCCCGGCCCAGCACGACCCCGCCGCCGGCGCCUCGGCCUCCAGCGCGCCGGGCACCAGCGGCCACCAGGGCGGCGCCAUCGGGGGCCUGUUCAGCUUCCCCGAGGCGGCGCCCGCGGCCGCCAGGAACCCCAGGGACAGCAGCCUGCGCAAGAAGAAAGCCGCCAACCUCAACAACAUCAUCCACCGGCUGGAGAAGGCGGCCAGCCGCGAGGAGCCGUCCGAGUGGGAGUUCUGAUGACACACCCCCC